AUGCAGCCGCAGCCGCGGACUGCAGCACAGCGCACCGCUGCAUGCGCAGGCUGGCAGAGCUCGAGCGCAAACCUUAAAAGGCUCUUCAGCCCCGGGCCCGCUUCCGAGGGCUGCACAGGAGGCCACGAUGAUGAAGGAUGCCACGGCAGAAGAAGCCCUGGGCUGCAUCGGCCGCAUGGUCCCCCGGAAGCGAGGUCUCCCCGCCCGGCGCCGGCCGACACCUGGGCGCCGACGCCGGUCACCGCCAUGCGGCGCUACACGCACGAGCGCUACGGGUCAGAGUGA